AUGGACAUGAGUCCGGCCACCUCCUCCACUCCGGCACCACCCACCAGCAGUCAUACAAGCCCUAGUGUGUCGUCCGAGCAGGGCGUUGCCCUUUCUGGUGAAAGAAGGCUGCUUGGGUUGCUGAGACCGGAUCCGGAAGGCCACAGUGACAUAGAAUUUCCUGCGCUCGACAUCAAACAUGACCGCCCAGGAGAAGAAGCAGAGAGUUCUGACUUCGUUGGCGAUGCUAAUGAAGCAGUUCGGGGAAUGGGGGAAAGACACGUUCUCGAGAACGACCUGGAUGUACGUGAACCCCGCCCUUCGACGUUUCGAAAGCUCCUGCAGCAGUAUUGUCCGACUAUUCGGAUCAGGUCUCCUCGUAGCAACGUUUGUGACUUGUGUGCUAUCCUGCACACACGCAUGCGGUCGUGUAUCACAGCAGAGCUUACUGAGGAGCUAGACGUCCACACUGAAGCCGCGAAGAAGAUGAGGCUGGAGUACAAGAAGGACCUGGCAUCCGUGUCGGAGGAUCACGCAGUGAUCGUCAUGGAUUUCAGUCAAAACCUGACCCUUCCCAGCGUCGCCAGUACGCCGUCUCAGUGGGAAUACAGUACAACUACGUCUACGAAGAAUCGGUUGCUGGGAACGGACGAGGUCAACAGCAUGCUGUAUCACGUCAUCCAGCGGAUCGUGCUGACGAACGGCCAUCGAAAACUCGCUAUCUACGCUGACAAUUGCGGUGGCCAAAACAAGAAUAACUUCGUUGUUAAGAUGCUGCUGGCUUUAGCUCAAACUGGAGAACUUGAUGUCGUUGAGCUCAGGUUUUUCGUGACGGACCACACCAAGAACGCUGUUGACCGUGGCUUCGGCCUUAUGAGGAAGAAGAUUGCUAAGGAGGACGUGUGGACGGCUGAUUAG